AUGGCAGGGGUGUUGCAGCUGGCAUCGUUCUGCGUGGCGCUUCUUUCCACCCUCCUCCUCAUCGCGGCUACUUGGACGGACUGCUGGAUGGUGAACGCGGACGACAGUCUAGAGGUCAGUCAUAGAUGCCGGGGGCUCUGGAGGGAGUGUGUUACCAACAUGCAAGAUGGCGUCAAGACCUGUGACCAGUACGACUCCAUACUCGGGGAACACCCACUGAAGAUAGUAGCGACCCGGGCAUUGCUAAUCACAGCUGACGUCCUCUCUGGAUUUGCCCUGAUCUUGAUGGUGUUGGGCCUUGAUUGCGUCAAGGUUCUCAAGGAUGAGCCACAAGUCAAGCUGAAGAUGCGCUCCUUCUCGGGACUGGUGCUUGGAGUGGGAAGUGUCCUAGGGCUGGUGGGCUCGGUCUGGUAUGCCAUCGACGUGUACAUGGAGAGGGCCACGCUCCUGCUGCACGGCAUUUUCCUGGGUGUCCAUUAUGAUUUCGGCUGGUCUUGCUGGUUGGGAAUGGCCGGUGCCGCGGGAUGCUUGGCGGCCUCCGUUGCCUUGACCUGCUGCCUUUACGCCCUCACAGGUGCUGGCCCUUCCAGGAGAUCUCAGCGCCCUGUGCACCAUUCACGUAUAGUCACUUGCAAGAUGUAUGCUUUUGCUUCCCGAGUUUGAUGCAGAUGCCAAGGAGCGGAGUGGAGAGGACUUCCAGGCUCACACUAUAGUUUUUGUUAAUAUCUACUGGCUUUGGAGGGAAGAUGGGAUGCUUAGUUUGGGGUUUACCUGUACCACA